UACAAGCCGUUCUAAAAUACUCCGCACUGCUACUGCAGGAAGCCAAAGCUGGGCAGAUUAUAACCGCCGUGAUGGAGUGCAUUCUGUACCAACUUGGAGCUGUCGUCAGAUACCUAGGAAUGGUCUUGGAACCGUAUUUCACAGCUGCCAAGACUUUCAUCAAUUACAAGUGUGA